AUGAACCCGCCGGCGCCCGGCAAGACGGCCACGCGCUCCUCCGGGUAUCACCAGAAGGCGCUCGCCGAAAUUCGCAAUUCACUACUUCCUUUUGCUAAUAUUGGAAACUCUGAACCACCUGGCUCCUCUGCAGCAAGUACAGUAAGCUCAGGUGUUAGUUCUGGCUUUAGCUCAUCUUCAGGAAAUGGACUGGAUAAGGACUUGAAUGUGCUACCACAGUCGCUUAACCAGCUUAUUGCUCUUGGAUAUGAAGAGGAUCCAGCCGUUAAAGCACUUAAAUAUGCUGGAGGCCGUUUCGACGCAGCUCUUGACUACUUGUCGAAGCAGCAAGAACCUCUUAAUGGAGUACUCAAGACGAGCAACUUCAGCACUAAGUUAAUAAGAAAGCCGAGCCUAGAAAGGGAGCUAAAUCUUCACAGGGGAAGCCCCGCACUUGACUCUGGCGCCGGAAGUUCGAGGUCAGACAGUCCCCGACAGUCAGAUGCGCCACCGCUUCCUCAUGAGAAGUUGAGUAGGCAGUACUCUCCUUCUGGUUUUUCUGAGCCUCCACCACCGCCACCUCCAAGAUGUCCCUCAACACCACCCGUGCCUCCAUCUGUCCAACAGCUCAUGAAGAGGAUGUCACCGGCUCCGCCCUUGCCACCUGCAAGAGGCACCAGCCCGGUGGCUACUGGGGCCCCGACACCUCCUGCAAGACAGCCUAUGAUAGUUCAAAAUGGACCUCAAGUACAACAGCAACUAAGCCAGCAAAUACAAGCGCUAAGCAUAUAUCAACCUGGAUCUGCAGGUGCCGAACUACCACCUCCUUACCCACUGUCCAGCGUACCCCCGCCCCCGUCUUACUCCGUUUCAAUGCAGAACCGACAAAGCCCCACGCAGUCACAAGAUUACAGAAAGAGUCCCUCAUCGGGAAUCUACUCAGGGGGCACCUCCGCAGGUUCGCCGAGCCCGAUUACUGUAACGCAAUCGACCGGCUCUUCGUCUGGGAUGACUCGACCUACGCCUAUUCAGGCGUGGACAGCGAGACAAGCCGUUCAACCUCCAAUUAUAAUGCAAUCCGUGAAAAGUACACAAGUUCAGAAGCCAAUAUUACAAACUGCUAUCGCUCCUGUAGCCCCACCGCCCGUCGCAAGUUCUGUUGUGCAGCCACCGCCGCCAUCUUACGCUAGUUCGAUUCAACAAAAGCAGCAUGCGCAAACUCCUCCAAGUUAUCCGCUAGCACCAAAACCUUCAUCACCAGGAUCAACUCCUCCUGUCAUACCGACAGCGACCACACCCACCGUCCCAACUACUGAACCUCCGAGUUACGCUAUUACUAUGCAAGCCUUGGCUGUUCAAAGAGGAAUGCACCCUAUACCUCCGCCACCGUACGGCAACCAAAACGACAAUACAACGACAGUCAAUUCUCAUCAUUCUCCAUUGCACAAAAAGUUUUCUAACAACUGCGAUAUUAAAGGUGAAACGUCUCAGGGUGUGGAAAUUAAGUGCCCUAAUCAGAACUGUAAUUUAUUAAAAGAUAGUGUUCCAUCUAGCUCUGAUAAGAGCUCGAAUGGAUCAACGGAACGUCGCAUGAAAGGUGGACCUGAGAAGAUCAGGCAUCAGUCGCCCAUUCCUGAACGUAAACAUAUAAGCAAAGAAAAGGAGGACGAGAGAAGAGAUUGUAAAGUAAGGAAUUACUCACCGCAAGCAUUCAAAUUUUUCAUGGAGCAGCAUGUUGAAAACAUUCUUAAAUCCUACAAACAGAGAACGUACCGUCGCAUGCAGUUGGAGAAAGAAAUGACUAAAAUCGGUCUCAGUGCGGAAGCACAAUGUCAAAUGAGAAAGAUGCUGUCUCAAAAAGAAUCCAAUUACAUAAGGUUGAAACGGGCAAAGAUGGAUAAGUCAAUGUUUACAAAAAUAAAGCCGAUAGGUGUGGGUGCGUUCGGGGAAGUAACCCUUGUAAGAAAGAUUGAUACUAGUCAUCUAUAUGCCAUGAAGACGUUGCGGAAAGCAGACGUGUUGAAACGCAACCAAGUUGCACACGUGAAGGCUGAAAGAGACAUCUUAGCAGAGGCUGAUAACGAGUGGGUAGUCAAGUUGUAUUACAGUUUCCAGGACAAGGAUAAUUUAUACUUUGUCAUGGAUUACAUCCCUGGCGGUGAUCUAAUGUCGCUGCUAAUUAAGUUAGGCAUAUUUGAGGAGAACUUGGCGAGGUUCUACAUCGCGGAGCUCACAUGUGCGGUGGAGAGUGUACAUAAGAUGGGCUUUAUCCACCGCGACAUCAAACCCGAUAACAUACUCAUAGAUCGAGACGGUCAUAUAAAGUUGACUGAUUUCGGUCUUUGCACAGGCUUCAGAUGGACGCAUAAUUCGAAGUAUUAUCAAAGAAAUGAUCACGGACGGCAAGAUUCAAUGGAUCCCGUAGAUGGAGAAUGGGGUGCGAUGGGAGAGUGUCGAUGUCACCAGCUGAAACCUCUAGAAAGGCGGCGGAAACGGGAACAUCAGCGGUGUCUUGCGCACUCUCUAGUCGGUACCCCAAAUUAUAUAGCGCCGGAAGUACUACAACGGACGGGAUACACGCAACUCUGUGACUGGUGGUCCGUCGGUGUCAUUUUGUAUGAAAUGCUGGUCGGAUCGCCGCCUUUCCUAGCGUCUACGCCCGCCGAGACGCAGCUAAAGGUUAUAAAUUGGGAGAGCACUCUUCAUAUCCCAGACGCGGCAAACCUGUCCCGUGAGAGCAAAGAUCUCAUUCUCCAACUUUGCUCGGGUCAAGAUACGAGACUUGGAAAAGACGCCAAUGAGGUCAAGAAUCAUCCCUUUCUAAAGAGUAUAGAUUUCGAAAAGGGUCUUCGCAGACAGGUGGCGCCUUACAUACCAAGAAUAGAAUACCCCACUGACACUUCAAACUUUGACCCAAUCGAUCCCGACAAGCUGAGGAACUCUGGCAGUUCAGACUCAAACAAGUCUGACAGCGAGUUGCUGGACAAUGGAAAGACGUUCCAUGGCUUCUUUGAGUUCACCUUCCGAAGAUUCUUCGACGACGGCUACACGAAUAAAAUCAACCUCGACGACGACAGCCAGGGGCCAGUUUACGUGUGA